AUGCUUUGGAAAAGCUUGAGAUUGUCCGAGCCUUCUGAUCCUUCUAAACAACAUGAUUCUGAACAAUUGGUUCUGAAAUAUUUCAGACCAGGCAGAUCUAAAUGGGAUCUAUCGGGUCAAAGUAUACCCCUUGAUGACUUUGUAUUGAAGAUUAGCUAUCAAGAUCGUCGAGUGGAAUUAGCCUCUACUGUAUUGCCCGAUGCUUUUCGCCGAUUUAGUGAAAGAGCAGCGGCCAUGUCUGUCACUGAUAACCAUGAUAAACACACUGGCUCACCCGAAAGCAUGGAUUUCGCAUUAGCAUGGAUAAAAGAAUGCCAAGAGAAUCACCCAGAGUGCUCGCAAGAGAAAAAUAGCAGUGCUUCACUUCCUACCCGCGUACUUGAUGUAGGAACCCGCGGUGCCUGUCGGCUACAGACUGAGACCCUAGGACUCCUAGGGCCAUACGUAACCCUCAGCUAUUGUUGGGGUAGUGGUCGCAGGAUUUUCACUACGUUGAGCAAUAUCCACACACGCCAACAAAACAUUGAAAUCAAGGAGCUACCGGCGACUAUUCGAGAUGCGAUCCAAGUUACCCACGAUUUGGGCUAUCGAUGGUUAUGGAUAGAUCAGCUAUGCAUUAUUCAAGAUUCACCAGAAGAUGUGCAGAGAGAAUUGGCAGUUAUGGAUGAGAUUUAUACAAACGCAGCUCUUACUCUUGCUGCCUCUAAAGGCGACAGUGUUGACGAUGGACUUUUCGUGGAGCGAGACCCAAGAUGGUUUAGACCAUGUCGUGUGACUAUAAAAAAUAUUGGCAAAGGAGCAGACUCCUCGAAUGACUAUGUUUUCCUACGACCCAAUUGCGUGGAGAGCCCGGACCCAGGCGAGUCUGCGUCAGCCAGGACUUCUUGGUAUGGUUCUAACGACUUUGAUGGACAUAAUUUGAAUAGUUUAGGCCGGCGAGGGUGGACACUGCAAGAAGCUGUCCUCUCCACCCGAAUGCUCGUCUUUGGCCCGGUACGCUUAGAGUGGUUUUGCUUGCGCGGUUGGGCGUCUGAAGAUCACCCUAUAUCGAAAGUUGGCCUCCCGUAUAUAUUCAACAGCAAGCACAAAAUACAAAGGUUGCGCACUUGGAUAAGUCCGAACUUUUUGGGUGGUCUCUGUAACGGCGAAAUCUCCGAGUACGACAACAGAAUCUCUGACGUCACUAGUUUAUCCCGGCAUAACACCUCCUUCAUAGAGGAACGCUUUAACGAGAUGCGUUAUCCGGCAUGGGAUAGCUUCCAACAGAAUCUUUAUAAUGACUGGUAUGCCAUCGUUACAAAUUACAGCGGGCGUGCUCUGGCAUUUGAACAGGACAAACUGCCUGCUCUUGCCGGAGUAGCGAAGCGAAUGUACAUGAUUUGCAAGACAAACUAUCUCGCUGGACUGUGGAAAGAUGAUCUUGUAUUUGGCUUGUUAUGGCACGUUGAACCUACUCGGGAUAGGGCCUCUCUACGAAAACCGGCGUGUUACCUAGGGCCAUCAUGGUCGUGGGUAUCACGGAUCGACAGGCAAGUUGGCUUUGUUGACUAUGCCUCCCGACCUCGGUACGAGCAAACCUUCGGCAUGACCGUGAUUGAAUCGAGAUGUGUGCUGGCAACUCCAAAUAAAUUUGGGUCAGUAAAGGAUGGCCAUCUGCUAUUAUCAAGUGUGAUGAAGCAUGCUAAAGCUAGAGUUGUGGCGGAAUAUUUCGAAAUCAAAGGAUUUGAAGGCAUUGGGCAUAGGAAUUGGAGAGGGGCUAUUAAAGAUGAUGAUUCUGGGGAGACUAUUGGCGGAGUAUACUUUGACGAGGACGUGCAAGCCCUCGAACAAGUGGAGUUUGACUUCUUUCUGAUCUACUUCGAGGAUGCGGAUCAUGGUUCAAAUUGGAACAAGAGACGCUAUGUUUUCCGAGGUCUCGCGCUGAUUAGAAAGAAUAAUUCUGAUGAUUAUCAACGAAUCGGAUUGGCGACAAUUGUAAAGCAGGACUGGUUUGGAGACAUUUCGGUUGAUAAUGAUCGGAAAUAUCGAACGCAAGUCAGGAUUGUCUAA